AUGUCUCAGCCAGUUCAAAGAGCUGCUACAAGGUCCAUAAUCCAAAAGUAUAUCAACAAGGAGACAUUAAAGUAUGUGUUUACCACACAUUUCUGGGGACCUGUUUCAAAUUUUGGUAUUCCAAUUGCUGCAUUAUAUGACUUAAAGAAGGACCCUACGUUGAUCUCUGGUCCAAUGACACUGGCUCUGGUUGCUUACUCUGGUGUGUUUAUGAAAUAUGCUUUAGCUGUUACUCCUAAGAACUAUCUGCUGUUUGCAUGUCAUUUCAUAAACGAAUCCGCUCAACUGGGACAAGGUUAUAGGUUUAUUGACUUCAAUUACUUCAAGUCUGACGAAGAAAAGAAUAAGAUUAUUGAAGAAUACAAGGUAAAAGCUGAACAAGCUAACGAAAAGAAAUGA